AUGGCUGUGCUACAUAUCAAGCACGACUUGUUGACCGUCAUCGACGAGCGCGUCAAGGUCACGUCCGAGGCGCUUCAGGGCAUCCGCGUCAUGAAGUUCUACGCAUGGGAGGAAUCACUAGCGCAUCGCGUUGAGAAGAUCCGAGCCAAGGAGAUCGCACUGCUGCGCAAGUUCCACUUGUGCCAGGUGGCCAACAACGUCAUGCUGUUCCUCACGCCGGCCUUCCUCUCGGGCGUCACACUCGGAAUCUACGUGGCCAUCAACGGGACCAUCUCGGUCAUCGAUGCGUUCACGCUCAUCGCGAUGGUAAAUAUCUGCCGAACCGCGCUGAUUCAGUUGCCUGUUACGAUUGCAGCAUGCUCGCACGCCCGGAUCGCCUUCGCUCGAAUUGGCUCGUACCUUUCGAGCGACGAGUAUGGCCCAGCGUUGCUCGAGGAUGACUCGAACCACGGCCACGGGACUGCUGUUGUCCCUGUCGGUGGCAUUUCCGUACGUGAGGCCAACUUUGAGUGGCCAGUGCUCAGAAACACGCCCGACGUCGUUGUCGUCACGCCUGCUCCUGAUGAGGUCUCGGAAAUCAUGUUCGACCUGGAUCGCAGUGCGAGAGACAGUGACCAUGAGCGAGAGCAGAAGAGCUUCCGACUGGAGGGCGUGAACUUGGAGAUCGACCCGGGCUCACUCGGGAUGGUGAUCGGCACUGUGGGGGCCGGCAAGUCGAGCAUGAUAAACGCGCUGCUGGGCGAGAUGACACUGAAACGCGGCAGCUUUGAUAUCCGAGGCGGCAUUUCCUACGUCAGCCAGGACACUUGGAUCCGCAACUUGAACGUGCGUGACAACAUCCUGUUUGGCGAGCCGUUCGACACUGAGCGCUAUGAUACCGUGUUGAGGGUCUCUCAACUGGCGAUGGACUUGCACGCGUUGCCUCACGGUGAUCAAACGGAAAUUGGCGAGCGAGGCAUCAACCUCAGCGGCAGACAGAAGGCGCGCGUGGCCAUCGCCCGCGCCUUGUAUCGAUCGCAUUACGAGAUCCUUCUGCUGGACGACCCAUUGAGCGCGGUGGACCCCCAUGUAGCGCACGGUAUCUUCGACGAAUGCGUCAUGGGCCUGGCCAGAUCGAGGACCCGAAUUCUAGUGCUCAAUAGUCACUACGAUCUGCUGUCACAGGCAGACAAGGUGCUGGUGGUCCGUGACGGCGCCAUUGCUGGCGAAGGAACAUAUGAAGAGGUACUUGCGAUGUUCCCUGACCUUGGGAUAUCACCUGGAACUGCGGCCACACCCAAUGCAGCGGCUGCACGUACUGGUGACGGCGAUGACCUUACAUUGGAAGACGCUCUGCCAGACAUUGAGAAAAUUCCGGCGGAGGCUGUGGCCGCGGUGGUGGAGAAGUCCACAGAUGAACCGAAGGCUGAAGAUGCUAGAGAAACUGGUGGCCAGCUUAUCCAGGCGGAGGACCGAGUGAAGGGAACCGUGAACAUGGGCGUCUACAAGACAUACUUCGACGAAUCGGGUCUCAACGGGUUCGUGGUUAUCUUCCUCAUCGUGGUGUUCUACACCGUCAGUCAGGCCGUGCGUGUGGUGGUGGACUGGUGGCCUAGCCACUGGGCCAAGAACAUGCCUCGUCGGGGUGUUGAUCCGACGUAUUCGGGCGAGACUUACGCGUGGUGGUACGUGGGCCUGAUCAUAUUGGCCACGUUGAUGACACUUGGUCGCGCUCUCUUCUUGACAGAGAGCUGCGUGCGUACGUCCAAGAAUCUGCACAACGACCUGUUCCGUCGAGUGCUGGCGGCGCCAGUGAACCGGUACUUCGACGUGACCCCCGUUGGGCGCGUGCUCAACCGCUUCUCCAACGAUCUCGAUCAACUGGACUCGUCACUGCCAAAGGACUACCAGCUCGUAGUGCAGCACUCGUCGAUGGCCUUGGGCUCGUUAGUGGUGUCAGCGUUCGCGAGCUACUGGAUCGCGGUGGCUUACAUCCCCAUCAUCGCCAUCUUCUUCGUCACGGGCCAAUUCGUCAAGAAAACGAGCUGCGAAGUCAAGCGUCUCGAGGGCGUGACCCGCACGCCCGCGUACAACCUCUUCAGCGAGACGCUCUCCGGGCUGCAGACCAUCCGCGCCUUCAAGAUGCAGGCCACUUUCGAGCGCAUGAACAAGAAGGUGGUGGAUGAGAACGCCAACAUGUACAUCACGUUCUGGGCCGCCGGCCGUUGGCUCGCAGCGCGGCUCGAUAUGCUCUCCGUCGUCAUUAUCGUUGUCGUCACGGCUUACUUAGUGUCGACCAAGGGCCAACUGAACCCCAUGACGGCAGGCAUCUCGCUCACGUACUCGCUCAUGUUGACGUCCGUGAUUCAGUGGGUCCUGCGAUCCUUUGAUCGUGUCGACAGCGCCAUGACGAGUGUGGAGCGAUUGCUGUACUUCCGCCAGAUCCCGCAAGAAGUGGACGCUCCGGACUGCACGCCGAUCAAUUCGUCGGUGUGGCCUUCACAGGGCGCCAUCAAGUUCGACAACCUAUGCCUCAAGUACCGACCGGAGCUGCCCCUCGUGCUUCGUGGCGUGAGCAUGGACAUCCGUGGUGGUGAGAAGGUUGGCAUCUGUGGACGCACGGGUGCCGGCCAGAGCUCGCUCAUGAUCGCGCUGUUCCGCAUCUGUGAGUUCGAGAGCGGCAGGCCUGGCCAUCAUCCUGCAGGACCCGUGCUCUUCAGUGGCCCGCUGCGAGAGAAUCUGGACCCGUUCGGAGAGUACUCGGACGCUGAGAUCUGGACGGUGAUGAAGCAGGUUCACAUGGCCGCUACUCUCGAGAAAUGGGGGGCGGGUCUUGACGUCCGACGCCAGCUCCUCUGCAUCGGCUGCGCACUGCUCAAGAACAGCAAGAUCGUCGUGCUAGACGAGGCCACCGCCAACGUGGACACGACCACCGACAGCCUCAUCCAGGCCACCAUCUGA